AUGGAGCAAGGCAGGUCCCAGCAGCUUUUCGAGCAGGCGCAGCGAGUGAUCCCCGGCGGGGUGAACAGCCCGGUGCGGUCGUUCCGGGCGGUGGAGGGCACGCCGCCCUUCAUUGCGCGGGGCGCGGGCGCCCAUGUUUGGGACGUGGACGGCAACGAGUACAUCGACUACCUGGGAUCCUGGGGGCCGCUGGCGCUGGGUCACGCGCACCCCGCCGUGGUGGAAGCGGUGCAGCGGGCGGCGGCGGACGGCACCUCCUUCGGGGCUCCGGUGGAACAGGAAGUCGAGCUGGCCGAGAUGAUCUGCGCGGCCCUGCCUUCAGUGGAACUGGUGCGACUGGUCAACUCCGGCACGGAAGCCUGCAUGACCGCGUUGCGCCUGGCGCGGGCGUACACGGGUCGUUCGAAGAUCGUCAAGUUUGCCGGCAACUACCACGGACACGCUGACGGGCUCCUGGUGGCGGCCGGUUCCGGCGCGCUGACCCACGGCAUUCCCACCAGCGCCGGCGUACCCGAAUCCUACGCGGCGGAAACGCUCAUUGCGACGUUCAACGACAUCGCCUCCGUGGAAGGCCUGUUCGAGGCGUGGCCGGAAGACAUCGCCGCCGUCAUCGUGGAACCGAUUGCCGGCAACAUGGGCGUGGUGCCGCCGGCCGACGGGUUCCUCGAAGGGCUCCGGCAGGUUACCGAGACCAGGGGCGCGCUGCUGAUAUUCGACGAGGUAAUCACCGGAUUUCGCGUCGCCUACGGCGGGGCGCAGACGUUAUUCGGGAUCACGCCGGACAUCACAACGAUGGGCAAGAUCAUCGGGGGCGGGCUCCCGGUGGGCGCCUACGGCGGCCGCAACGAGGUCAUGCAGCAGGUGGCGCCGCUGGGGCCGAUGUACCAGGCGGGCACAUUGUCCGGCAAUCCGCUGGCGGUGGCCGCCGGUGUCGCGACCCUCACCGAGCUACAGCGGCCCGGCGUGUACGAGCAGCUCGAGAGCACCGGGAUACGACUGAUCGACGGUGUCAACGCCGCCUUCGCUCGAGCGGAGGUGCCGUCCACUGUCAAUCGGGUGGCAUCGAUGUUCACCGGGUUCUUCAAUGCCGGGCCGGUGUCGGCGCUGGCCGAAGUGGAGCAGUCCGAUACCGCGGCCUACGGGCGAUAUAUGCACGCCCUGCUGGAGAGGGGCGUGUACAUUGCGCCGUCUCAAUUUGAAGCGGGCUUCGUGUCCAUCGCCCACACCGACGCCGACAUAGACCGAACGAUUGUGGCCGUGGGCGACGCGCUGGCGGCGCUGGGAUAG